AUGUCAUUUACUAAACAACAAUUGAAUACAUUCAAUAUUAUUAAUUCAUUAUAUCAAAACAGUAAUAAUAAUAAUAGUACUACUACUAAUAUUAAUAAUAAUAGUAAUAGUACCUUAUUUGGCAAUGCCUUAAUCUUUCUAGCUUAUAUUAAAUUUAAACAAUUACGACUUAUCAAUACUAAUUUAUUUAUUAUCUCAUUAGCUUUAGCUGAUUUCAUUGUAGCUUUAUUAGUUAUGCCAUUGAAUGCUAUUAUGUCAUUAUUAAAUUAUCAAUGGUUAUUUGGUCAUCUAUUAUGUAAUUUAUAUAAUGCUACAGAUGUAUUAUUUAGUACAUCAAGUAUAUUACAUUUAUGUUGUAUAUCAAUGGAUCGUUAUAUUGCUAUUAUAUAUCCAUUACAUUAUAAUAAUAAAAUGUCUAAAAGGCAUAUUCUGAUCCUCAUUGGUAUCAUAUGGACAUUAUCAUUAUUGAUAUCUUAUAUACCAAUAUUGAUGGGAUUACAUAAGCCUUUACAACAACUGAAUUACGUAACACCAAUACAAACGAAUUCAAGUAGAAGGAUCCCAAUGAAACCAACCAUAGAUAAUGAUUCAUUCACAUGUGAUUUCAAUGUAAAUCCAUAUUAUGCAAUUAUAUCAUCCUCCAUAUCCUUUUGGAUACCAUCUAUUAUAAUGAUUAUUAUAUAUAUACGUAUAUUUAUAGAAGCUAAAAGACAAGAAAAAAAAAUUGCACAAUUAUAUAUACCAUAUAGACAAGUGAAUAAUACUACUGUCAUUCAACAAAUUAGUAGUAUUAAUAAUCAUGAUUUAAAUCAUAUUCAUUUCAAUGAUCCUUCAUUAGAUUCAACUAUACAUGAACAAUAUCAUACACAAAUUAAAUUACAUCAUGAAAAUAAAGCAGCUCGUACACUUGGUAUUGUAAUGAGUGCAUUUCUAUUAUGUUGGUUACCAUUUUUUUUAUGGUAUACUAUAAGUAAUCUAUGUCUACAUUGUACAUAUCCAAAUGAAUUAAAAGAACUAUUAUAUUGGAUUGGUUAUUUUAAUUCAUCUAUUAAUCCAAUUAUAUAUACAUUUUAUAAUCGUACAUUUAGGCAAGCAUUUAUUAAAAUUAUUAUAUUACAUAAUCAUACUACUAAUAAUAGUAAUAAUACUACUAAUAAUAAUCAUAAUGAAGAGAUACAACAAUCAUAUAUGGAUAAUAAUAAUAAUAAUAGGGGGUUACCAAUAUCACGGCGAUAUCAAUAUAAGCCAGUGAAUAAAUUAAUUACUAAAAGUAUUAAACGAAGAAAUCAUAAAAAUUUUCAUAAUCAUAUUAGUUUAAUUGAAAAUAAAAGUGAAUUGAAUGAUGUACUCAUCUUUAAACUUGAAAAAGGACAAAAUGAAACAAAACAAACAAAUUUACAAUGUACUCAAGGCAUCAAUUCAGUUGAUGAUGGAGUAACAAGAGCUAUUCCAUUAUCUAUGUUGACUUCUAUUCUGAUUAAGGGGGAAAUCACUUGUCAAGUAUGUUAUUUGUUUGGAAUAAUUGAUUCUCGUAAUGUGAAAUUUGUUUAA